AUGUCCUCCUCCGCGCCGCAACAACGACCACCCGGCAAGGUCCUCAACAUCAACAACAUCAACUCGAGUGUCAAAGCUGCCAAAUAUGCCGUGCGCGGCGAGAUCGCCAUAAAGUCGGAUGAAUACAGGGACAUACUGGCGCGCGGCCAGAAGGACAAGCUGCCCUUCGAUUCCGUCAUCAGCGCAAAUAUUGGCAACCCGCAGCAGCUGGACCAGAAGCCCAUUACUUUCUUCCGGCAGGUCGCUAGUCUGCUGGAGAAUCCGUUGUUGCUAGAGCACGAAGAUGUGCUGGUGAACAGCCUGGACUACAAGCCGGAUGUGAUUGCGAGAGCGAAGAAGCUGCUUGCUGAUGUGCAGAGCGUCGGUGCAUAUAGUCAGAGCCAGGGAGCACCCAUCGUGCGGGAAAGCGUGGCCAGAUUCAUCGAAGAACGAGACGGCUACCCUUCGGACCCUAAGGACAUCUUCCUCAGCGCCGGUGCUUCGGGCGGUGUGAGCACCCUGCUGAACGUCAUCUGCGCAGACUCGUCCAGUGGCGUCCUCGUCCCAAUUCCACAGUACCCGCUCUACACGGCGACGCUGUCCUUACUCAACGCGCAAUGCGUGCCCUACUAUCUCGAGGAAGCCCAAGGCUGGAGCACCAACCUCAAGGAGAUCCACGCUGCGCACGAAAAGGCCUCUGCGAACGGCACCGAUGUGCGCGCGAUCGUCAUCAUCAAUCCCGGCAACCCGACUGGGUCAACGCUGACUGCUGAAGACGUUCGCGGGGUGUUGGAAUUCGCGGCCGAGAAGGGGCUUGUGAUCCUCGCUGACGAGGUGUACCAGACGAACGUGUUCGAGGGCGAAUUUCUGUCGUUCAAGCGGGUGCUGCGCGACCUGCAGAAAGAGAAUCCGGAAAAGUUCAAGCACGUGGAGCUGGCGUCGUUACACAGUAUCUCAAAGGGUAUGGUGGGUGAGUGCGGACACCGGGGCGGGUACUUUGAACUUGUGGGCUUCGACGACGCGGUCGUACAGGAGAUCUACAAGUUUGUGAGUAUCCAGCUGUGCCCGCCGGUCAUCGGUCAGGCCAUCGUCGAGAUGAUGGUCAACCCACCGCGCGAGGGCGAGCCCAGCUUCGAGCUGUACAAGACUGAGCACGUGGGCAUCUACCAAGGCCUGCUGAAGCGCGCCAAGGCGUUGCACGAGGCCUUCAAGAAGAUGGAGGGUGUUGACUGUCAGAGCCCGACGGGCUCAAUGUACCUCUUCCCGACAAUAAGUCUCCCGCCUAAAGCCAUCGAGCAAGCCAAGAGCGAAGGCAGAACUCCCGAUGAGUUCUACGCGCUACGCAUGCUGGACGCGACGGGCGUGUGCACGGUUCCUGGAAGCGGAUUCGGGCAGCGGCCUGGAGAAUACCACUUCAGAACGACCUUCCUUGCCCCAGGCACUGACUGGGUGGGACGGAUCGUAUCGUUCCAUGAGAAGUUUAUGGAUGAGUUUAGGUAA